AUGUUUGAACUGUUUAACGGGAGCCAAGCUGGCGGUUCCAAAAGCAUUUCUAUGCAGUUAACUUAUUUUAAUUUGCGCGGCCGCGCUGAACCGAUCCGACUGACCCUUUUGGCUGCCAAUGUGGACUUUGAAGACAACCGUAUCUACUCGAAUGAGUGGCCUGCUUUGAAGUCCACAGUUCCUGGGGGCAAAGUGCCCAUACUGGAAGUCACCCAAGGUGGUGCGACUAAAGUCUACACAGAAAGUAUGGCUAUUGCACGGUUGUUUGCCAAAAAACACCACAUGAUGGGUAGUACGGAUGAGGAGUACUACGAGAUCGAGCGUGUGAUCGGACAAUGUACCGAUAUCGAUAUGGAACUGUUUCCCGCAUUCAGAGCCUCGGAUGAAGAAAAAUUGAAGAUAGCACAGACCUUCAGAGGAGAAGCUGGUCCGCGACUAUUGACACUAAUGUGUCAACAUUUGGAUUCUUCUCCGAGCGGACUGGUCGCUGGAAACACACUAUCAUUAGGCGACUUGGUCAUCCUGUGCACCACGGACCAGGUAGAGGUGGUCGUGCCUGGAUUUAUCAGUGAGAAAUUUCCGACUAUCCAGAAGCAUCGGGAACUGGUUCUGAAAAAGUGUCCGAAGUUAGUGGAAUACCUGAAGACCCGAGGCUCCUUUCCACUUUAAUUAUACUUGCGUGCACAUAAUUUGACAGCGUUUCUCCC